AUGGAGAACGCAGUCCUCACCAGGCUGGUCAGCAACAGUGGAGGGGGAGGAGGAAGAGGAGGAGGAGGAGGAGGAGGGACCAAAGUGGUCAAAACAACCAAAGUGAUCACACAGAGUGAGUUCUCUGGGGCUGGAUCUCCUCUGGUCUCCUCCAGCGGCGGCUCUGUCCUGCUCUCCUCGUCCAGCAGCAGUGGCUCAGCAGGAGGAGCAGGGGGCGCCAGUGCAGGGGGGGUGUCUAUCUCAUCUGGGGUGUCCUCUGGAGGCGGGGGCUCAUACUCUUCAGGAGGCGGAGCUUCAUAUUCUUCAACCUCAUAUUCCUCAGGGGGCGGAGCUUCACUUUCUUCUGUGGCCUUGUCUUCUGCUUCUGGGGGCGGAGCUUCAGCAGCAGGCACUCGGGGUCAAGGGGGGUCGUCUUAUACCUCCUCGGGGUUUGUGAGCAGCAGCAGCAGCAGCGGGGGCGGUGGUGGUGGUGCGGGGUGGGCGGACGGGGGCCUCGGUGUCACCGGGUCCUCAGGAAGCAAGAGUUACGGCUCUGGAGCAGAAAGCAAGAAGCUGUCGUACUCCUCGUCCACCGCACUGAGCAAGAGCGCUGCUGACGUGUUCGACGAAAUUUCCAGCACUGAUUCUUCCCCUGAGUACAACAGGAAAGACUACAACACGACCAGUACCUCUACAACCACAGCCAGCAGAGGGCGCUCUCAAAGCAGAGAAACUGAAAUCAGAACGAGGCUUCAGAGCUCUUCUCCACCUGCAACAUGGACAGAACUGGGCGAUGUGAAGCGCCUGCUGAGGGGAAACCGAUCCACCAGCACCAGCCCCACCCGCUCCCCCAACAGCACUCUGCCCAUCCCCAAGAAGGGCACCGUGGAGAGGACCCUGUCUGAUGGCUCUGCAGGAGAGCAGUAUGGUAGUGUGUGGACGGGCACAGCGGGUGGAAGCUACGGCUACAAUGCUAACGUGGCUAACAACAACAACAUGAUGUCUACGUCCACCAUGUACCAGUCCGGGGUUCAGAACAACAUGGCGAUUGGAGCGCCCUCUUCUGGACUGUCAUUGAACAGCACAGUGCCGCUUUAUGGACUCCAGAAUAAUCUGGCUGCUUCUGGUCCACUCCUGUCGCCCUCUGCCUCCACUGCACCCAUUGUGUAUGGUGUGCAGAAGAACGUGUACAGCAGCGCUCUGAGUCCCACCACAGUGAGCGCUGGCAGCCCCGUUAAAGAAGAGUCCAACGCCAGAGAUUUUAAGUUUAUCAGUGUGGAGAAGGACAACACUCCAGUGAAGAAGGAGACAGAGGGGCUGAUCAUGGCCAAAGACACUGGGAAGAGCUUCAUGUCUCUGCCUCCUUCCAGAUUCACCGAUGACUAUUCUGACGACUCUUUGAAGAGAGAGAAACAGAAGAUGACUGCGAGCGCAAUGGAAGACGGAACAGACACAAAAUCUGGAGGCUUCACCGCAUCCACUAAAGAUAAAGGGACUUUUGCAGAAAACCGCACAAACAAUUCCGGCUCUGGCUUCUGCUCAUGGUGCAGUUGGUGGAAGUGGCUGCUGGGGGCGCUGCUCCUCUCACUGCUGCUCCUCGGACUUCUCUUUGGUCUCAUUGCUUUGAGUGAAGCGGUGAAACGCCUGCAGAGCCGUGUGGACGCCCUGGAGGCCAUAACCGGAACUUCAACCUCCGCACACACCAGCCGCCUUUCCUCCGCCGGCGUCAACAUCAUCGACCCCCUCUUGGACACACGCUAUGUUAGCCGGAGCUCUGCAGAGGGCGCUCUGUCACGAUCCGACCCCAACAGCAUCAACGUAAACCUGGGGACGGGGGCGGGGACUCUGGCUGGAGCCGGAGCAGACUCUGGGGCCACAGCGGACAGUGCGGCUCUACAGCGCACGGUGGAGCAGCUGGUCAGGGCGGAGCUACGGUCAGACGUCACGAGAGAAUCUCUCCGCGGGGCAAAGGGCAGCACUGGUCCCAAAGGUGAGAGCGGAGCUAUGGGCAUGAAAGGAGAGAAUGGCUUCCCGGGUCUGCCAGGUCCCCCAGGACAGAUGGGUCAUCCCGGACAGGAGGGACCUCGAGGGGCCAAGGGCAGUGCAGUCCAGGUGAGGCUGGGGCUGAAGGACCUCAGGGACAGAGGGGCCGUGAGGGCCCCGCGGGACCCAGAGGAGAGCCUGGUCUUCCAGGGUUUGGAGAAAAAGGAGAAAAAGGAUCUGCGGGAGAAGCUGGACGCCCUGGACCUGCCGGAGCUUCAGGACCUGUGGGGCCCAAAGGUUCAAUGGGAGAACAAGGAGCUCCAGGAGGCACAGGAGCUCCGGGGCUCAAGGGUUUUGCUGGUGAAGCCGGCGCUCCAGGAGCCAAAGGUGAUCGGGGAACUCCUGGGGCCCAAGGAAUCAAAGGAGACCAAGGAGAAAGGGGCCCACGUGGACCAGCCGGUGAACCAGGACAGGCAGGGGCCCCCGGUCCAGCCGGUCCAAAGGGAUCCAAAGGACUUGGAGGUGAAGCAGGCUCCACAGGACUGCCUGGGGCAAGAGGACCUCCAGGGGUUCAAGGAGACAAUGGGCCCCCAGGAGUCCCAGGUGUUCAGGGGCCUCCAGGUGUUGCUGGAAUUCCUGGCCAACCUGGAGCUCAGGGAGAAGCUGGGGCUCCAGGGAAAAUCAUCUCUCCCGUUGGCUCUGAACAGGUGGCCAUCCCGGGUCCCCCCGGCGCCGCUGGACCCCCAGGUCCUGCCGGAGCCCCGGGUCUGUCGGGACCCAUCGGUCCAGCUGGGGCCCCUGGAGCUCCGGGUUCAAAAGGCGAGCAAGGAGAGAAGGGGGAGCCUGGGGCCAAGGGACAGAGAGGAGAAGGAGGAGAAAGAGGAGAAAGAGGAGAACGAGGAGAACGUGGAGAACAAGGAGACGCUGGAGCUGCCGGCAGCAGCAGGAGCUCACAGUCUGUGUUCUCCUCUGACUCCAACAAUGUUGGUUCUGCUGCUGCCCUUCCAGGACCCCCCGGUCCCCCUGGACCCCCAGGGCCACCUGGACCAGCCGGAGCCCAAGGUUUCCCUGGUGAAGGUCAACCUGGUCCUCCAGGACGUAAAGGUCCUCCAGGUGCUCCAGGUGUCGGCACUCCGGGCCCUAAAGGAGACAGAGGAGAGCCGGGCAGCUUUCUGCCAACGUCCGAGACCUUCUUUUCGGGACCACCAGGACCCCCUGGACCCCCGGGACCUGUUGGUGAUGCAGGAGACCCAGGUCAGCCAGGACUUCCUGGAAGCCAAGGAGACCCAGGAGAGCAAGGAGAGCCAGGCUACGGUUUCCCAGGUCAGCCUGGAGCACCGGGGCCUCCAGGACCUGAGGGCCCACCUGGACCAGCAGCUCCACCCGGCCCUCCAGGUCCCCCAGGAGCCCCUGUUACUUCAGAGUGAGGUCAUCAGGCAGUACCUGUCCGGUCCACCAGGACCCCCAGGGCCCCCCGGGGCACCAUCCCUCAGCUAUGGACAAGGUUCAGGUGUUCAGGGGCCUCCAGGUCUGCCUGGACCCCCAGGGCCCCCCGGAGAACCGGCCUUUAACUAUGGACAAGGUUCAGGUGUUCAGGGUCCCCCAGGUCCGCCUGGAGUUCCUGGAUCCCCAGGGGCCCCUGGUAUCCCAGGAUCACCAGGAGGCUCUCCUGCAGACUUGGAUGAUGUAACCAACCGAAUCCUCAGCUACAUUCAAAGCCAAAGAUUAGACAGUAGAUCCGGAGCCCCAGGGCCCCCAGGGCCCCCUGGACCCCCAGGAGCUGUCUCUGUCAACGACAUAAUUUCCCUGAUCCAAAGAGAGGAUGUGAGAAGAUUCGUUGGAGCUGCGCCGGGACCGCCAGGACCCCCGGGAGCUCCUGGAGGGGGAGGUUACUCUUUUAACACAGGAGAGAUGGCAGAGAGAGUUCUUGCUCUUAUGAAUGAGCGAGGGCUGGCGAGUGUACCAGGAGCCCCAGGACCCCCUGGAGCACCUGGUCUUCCAGGGUCUUUCAAUGCUGUGGUCGGCCCUCAGGGACCUCCUGGGAUCCCAGGGGCCCCUGGACCAAUGGGACCUCGAGGGCCUGCAGGACCUCCUGGUGUUCCAGGCCUGACAAGCCAAUUCAACGGUGACAUCCGUGACUACCUGCAGAGUGUUUCCUUCAGAGGUCCCCAAGGCCCCCCAGGGCCCCCAGGACCUGCUGGACCACCUGGGCCGAUAAAUGGUCUGGUAUCAUACGCAGAAAACACCAACAGACAGUUUCCUAACCCUCGACUGCAGGACUACACAAGGCUUGACAGUGCUGGGGUUCCCAUGUUCGGACAUCCUGGUCUGCCUGGACCGCCAGGACUUCCAGGACGCAACGGAGAGCCCGGUGACAGUGUAGACUACUCCAGCAUGGCCCUGAGAGUCACCGAUUACAUCAAGACUCAAGGACUCCUGCAGGAUGUGGGUACACGGACUGUGGUCCGAGGACCCCCAGGACCCCCAGGGCCCCCAGGUCCUUCUGGGUACACACAAGGGUACGCGUCCUACCCAAAUACCACUGAACUGGUGAACUACAUGAAAGCAUCUGGAGUUUUCAGAGAUGUGUUAAAUGAGCAGCAGUCUCGUGUCUACCGAGGCCCCCCAGGACCACGCGGCCCCCCUGGGCCCGCGGGCUACAGCCGCGUGUUUGGCUCGGACACAAAUGCAGUUGAUCUAGUGGAGCACAUCAAAAAGUACGGGGCCAUCGUGGGGAGACCAGGAGAUCCGGGACCCAAAGGUGAAAGAGGACCUCCAGGACCAAGAGGAGUGUUGUCGUACUCGUCCCAGAGAAAGAGGCGGAGUCUCAGAGGAGUUUAA